AUGUUUAGAUCAUUGGUAACUAGACAAGGUCCAUUGGCACGUGCCAGUUUGAAUGGAUACUUGGCUGCUCAAAGAGCUGGUCACAGAAAACCAAUCCACUUCAAGGAUGGUCAAUAUGAUGGUGAGAUUCCAGAGACAUUUGACCAACACCCAGAUAUGAUGGCACCAGAUGAUGAUCCAUAUUUGAAUCGUAAUCCACAGGCUGCAGUCAACUAUUUCUUUGGAAUGUUUGGUGCACUUGCUGUAGUUGGUCUUGGUUGUUAUCUCUUCAUCAGUCCAUUAAAGAAGGAAGUCGUUGAAAGAGAUUUACCAUUUGAUAAUUUAUAUUUAGAGUAUGGAGGUGAUCCCGAUAAGAUCCCAAAUGAAAAGGAAUGGAGAGUUCGUAUGGGUGACAGACAAGCCAUCUACAAAGCAAAGCAUGGUGACAAUUAA